AUGGAUCGUUAUGUACAAUUAUGGUGGUCGAAAGUUAAAGAUACUCACCCAAAGUUAAUGAUUGCUGAAAGUGCAGAUCCUCAUCUAAAUGCUGAUGUUAUUCGUGAUUUACGUAAGAAACGAGUAGUAGUUGCUAUUAUACCAAAAGGUUGCACCAUGUAUUUACAGGUGCUUGAUGUUUCUGUUUUUUCAAUUUUUAAGAAUCAUUACGACGAUGUUGUCGAAGAAUAUAUUGAUUACAAUGGACCAAGAAGUAAAAUAAAACUUACAGCAUCUCAAUCACGUAUUCUUUGCACCAGAUUUACAUGCUCUGCAUGGUUACGAACAUUAAAAAGUAUCGAUUUUGUUAAAGUAUUUCAAGAUAUUGGUUAUAUCUGGUCAGAUAAUUCAUCAUUUUCUCUUCGUACAAUGCCUGGCUACACAUUUGAUCCAAGUUCAGCUGACUGGGUAUCGUCAAUCAAUGAUGAUAACGAUAUAGAAGAUCGUAUUGAUAUUGUCGCUGAUAAAUCAUCAGAGCAACAACAACACACUCAGUCAUUAGCAACACGAUCAAAACAACUAACAUUAUUUAAUAUGUAG